CAAUUUCAUCGCAACUGUUUCACCGAAUGUUGUGUUUGUGUAUCCUUAGCAACCAGGGCUCUGCAUUUUCAUACAGUGUCCUGACUGUUCAGUGAUCGAGUCAUCAUGUCAGAGAUACAGUCCACUGCAGAGGAACCAGGGGAGCUGCCAGACUUCGAAAAAUAUUAUUUGUUGUUUGCUGGGUCUUCGGAAGAGGAUGUGGAAUUUGCCAAGGCGUUCUGGAAUUCAGUAGCUCUGCACCCCCCUCUGGAGUCCCGGCUCGUUUCGGCAGACAUCAAACAGAGACUGAGGGUGGCACAGCCGCAUCCCUCUCAACCGCAGAGAAAUUUUGCCCAUGAACCCCAAGCCAUAGAAAUCAAAACAGUUCAAUUGUUACUGGAGGCUCACAGAAAGCAGAAAAUAGAAGAAAAAUCACAGUACCUUGAGAAGUCUAAAAGAAGAGAUGAAAUUAUAGCUUUACUCAAGAAGCAAAGAGAAGAACGGAUAAAGAAGGAAUCAGUUUCUGCCCCUUAUAAACCAAAGAUUUAUGCGUCAGAUCUAAAACAGACUGCAAAGGAUUAUGAAGAUGAAGCCCAGGAGACAAUGAAGGCACUGCAAGGCUUUGAUUGACAACUUGGUCCUGGAGUCAGAGGUUCAUGCUGAAAAAAGUCACUCUCUGUAGAAUACCCAGGAGCAGUUUUUGCCUAAGUCUCUUGUUGUGGAGCUAUGACAGUCUGUAAUUAACCAGUUUCCAUCUUCUGAAUCUUUUCCACACUGUGAAGCCACUGGAUGCAGACAUAAUUUAUAACUCAAGCAGAGACCUCCUCCCCCAUUCUUCUUGUUUGCAGCAUUCUUCAAAUGAGUAAUUUUAACUGCUUCAUAAUUUGCAUUUUUCCAAAAUAGUCCUCUGUCAUAUCUGAAAAUAAUCUGCCUUUGUAUAUUUGCUUUUUACUAAGAGCUAUUAUUAUUUAGUUUUAUUUAGGCACCAACAGCAUUAAGGAAAAAGUGCUUCUAAUGUUUGGUUGCUGGUAAUGUUCUUCUGUUCUAUGUUUUAAUGAGAUGACACAUUGGCUAACAACUUAUUAUAAUAUAUAUGAAAUCUUAUUAAUAUAGGAGGAUGUAAACAAUGCAUUGCAAUAAUAUGUGUAAUUAAACUGGAGGUGUACUGCAUUUGGGACUCCAAAUAUCAGUUUUCGAGCACCAUGUUUUGAAAAAUAAAAUGAAUUAAACUAG